AUGGCGUGGUUCGGCGGCAAUACCUUUGAGCCGGCGAAGGAUAUACCCGAUCUCUCGGGGAAGGUAAUUUUGGUUACAGGAGGCAACACAGGCCUGGGCCGUGAAACGAUCCACCAACUCGCAGCCCACAACCCCAGCGCCAUCUACCUCGCCGCCCGCAGCGCCUCCAAAGCCGCCUCCGCAAUCGCCAGCAUCAAGUCCACCCUGCCCAACGCGCGCAUCACCCACCUCCCCCUCGACCUAACCUCCUUCGCCUCCAUCGCCGCCGCCGCCGCAACCUUCACCGCCCGCUCCUCGCGCCUCGACAUGCUCAUCAACAACGCCGGCAUAAUGGCCGCGCCCUUCGCCCUCACCCCGCAGGGCCACGAAAUCCAGUUCGCCACCAACCACGUCGGCCACUUCCUGCUGACCGCGCUGCUGCUGCCGACGCUGCAGCGGACGGCCGAGCAGCCCGGCGCCGACGUGCGCGUCGUGAAUGUCAGCUCCGCGGGGCACGCCAUGGCGCCGUCCAGCGGUAUUGUGUGGGACCAGGCGAGCUUGGAGGGGUGGUCGACGUGGCGGCGCUAUGGGCAGAGCAAGCUGGCCAACAUCCUUUUUACGCGGGAGCUGGCGAGGAGAUAUCCCCAGAUCACGUCGGUGGCGGUGCAUCCGGGCGUCAUACUCACGGAGCUGUAUAAGCCGAACGAGGAGACUAACACGCUUGUUCGCUGGGGGGUUGGGCUGCUCGGGAGCUUUGUCAUGGGGACGGUGCAGGAGGGCGCCAAGAACCAGCUUUGGGCGGCGGUGGCGGGGAAGGAGGAGGUUAGGAAUGGGGCGUAUUAUGUGCCCGUGGGGAAGUUGAGUAAGGGGAGUGAAUAUGCUGGGGAUGAGAAGUUGGCGGAGGAGCUAUGGCGGUGGUCGGAGGCGGAGGUGGGGAAGCAUGGGUUCUGA